UUGAGCCCGAGUCCCGGUAAACACAGAAGAAGCUUUUCUGGACUAUAAGGAGCAUAAGGCAAUCUUGCAACUUUGCAACUUGAAUCCUCGAGAUUACGGCGCAAGUUGUGACUUACGAGGACGAACAGAAAGUAACAAGAGGCUUUGAGAUGGCAACGAAUCGGAUGAUUCACUUUCUGGGAAAUCCGAUGGACCAAACCGUUUCACAUCCUUUCUUCCUUACAAAACACUCGUACUACAGCUGGUGAGAGCGCUUGCCCCAGAGGCUGUUCAGAGUUCGAGUCUGUUCGAUUUCUGAAUCUUAUGGGAAAAAUAGUCUGACACUGCCACACUACACCUUCCGGCGGAUCUGAUCUACAACUCGCUUACGCUUACGAGUCGUAUCAAGAAAUAUUAAUCUCUUGCCUCUUGAACUUUCUUUACUUAUAACCAUAAAUUACCAUGAACUUCAGUUCCGCAAAGGGUCCAGUUACCAAAUUCUAUCAACAAGAUGUUGUUCAGAAGAUAACGGCGCCUCAUUCUAUAGGCAUAGUUCUAAGAUGCUGGCACGAUGCAGAAGAUUCUUCCUUACCAAAUCCUCUCCAAGACCCACUGAUGCGAUCUCUCGAGCGUGGCGAAGUGGGCGUUUCUUUCCUCUCCGAACCCACAGACAAACGCGAGAUAUUACCCGAGUCGGAUUUGCAACUGUUGGACAGGUCUUUGCAGCCUGGUGACGUCGUCAAGCGUAGCGUGGAUGAUCUUCAUUCUGGAAUGAUACUGGAUGUCAGAGUGAAGACUCGCCUCGAACAUGCUAUAAGCAAGGUCCAAGUCGAUGGGUGGAAGACCUUGGAGGAUUUGGACACGGACAGACAGGCAGAGAUUGAGGAUUAUGUGGUCUACGAAGAUUGGGUUGGCCAGGUCAUAGAGUUAUACGAUGAGAACAUAAUUGAGGUACCCUCAGGUCAACUGGUUCGGUUGCCAGAGCUUGGUUCCCGUCUGUCAGUUGGAGAAACGAGCGAGAACAUCUUGCCCUCGCCUAUUGGAGGAGUUCAGAACAUGCUCGGAUAUUUGUUCGGGACCAAUCGCACUACUGGUCUGCAGACUGUUAUCGCUAUCAAGCACACAGUGUAUGUCAUUGCUUGGCUAGCUCUUAAUCAAACACUAGACAUAAGCACGGCGGAAAGUCGGCAACGACCCCAACGAUUCUGGCACGGGUCAGAUAUAGGCAAACUAACCUUGGUUAGAAACCGUUUAAGCUUCCAAAUGCGCAUUGGAGAUUGUGUUCAGCUCAAAGAUACAGAAGGCAUCCCAGUCACAAAACACGGACAAGAGGGGGAAGCCGGCGGCGUCAUCACCGUGAACUCUUUCAAUGUCACAGCUACCGACACUGAAGUCGAUGUUUUGUGGCAAGAUGGGAAUAAAGAAACUCUUCGAUCUGUGGACUUAAUUCCAUAUAUGAACCCAGAUGAAUACGAUUGUUGGCCUGGAGACCAUGUCUUUUUUAUUGGUGACGGCGGAGGAACGCAAGCUAUACCCGGUGUCGUUCAGACUGUGGAUGCUAUUCAACGAACGGCAACCAUCCUGUUGCGCGGUAAAAUAGAACAAGUGUCCUUACUGGAACUAGAUUCUCAAGGAGCGUCGGAUUCUAUUUCGUCUCCAGAGAUCGGAGGAUUAGGAGCUCGCCGCGGCGAAAUGGUCUUCAUACAUGCUCCAGACAAGAACAACGGCUUCGAAGCGCCUAGGGUACCUAAGAUCGGAGAACUUGAACCUUGGGUUCGCGCAAAUCCUUUCACACUUUCUGGUCAAUUAAGUGGAUGGAGAGAAGAACUGGCUACUAUUGGCGCUGGUAUAGCAACUCGUCGCAGCUUAGAAACAAUAGAUGAAGGGAUCAUUAACCCGAAGGCUUUACCUGGGACCCUUUCAUGGUUUGGGGAAGUGAUUGAUCUCCGCCUUGACGGUUCAUUGGACAUUUUACAUCCAGAUGGAUCCUUGGGAACAUACCCAUUAGAGAGGGUCACACGAUUAUAUGACGGCAUUGAACAGCUCGAAGAUGAGCUCUAUGAGGAUGAGGAGGGCUCUGAGAAUCAACAUCAAAUGCACGGGAUAUGGGAUUAUGACUACCAUUGGGGGAAUGGUGAAUCGCAAAAUAGCGGCGAUGGAUACGAAGACGAAGAGAUGAGAGAACCAGAUGUCGAACAAUCCUCCGAACACACCACAACUGACACGAUUGCAUCUAUGUCGCCGCCGAGCGAUCCGCCAACUGAAUUAAUUACACUCGACUCAACUAAGUCUGAACUCGAGGAAGAAGGGGAAAUGCAGACUCAGGAAUCUGACCAGAACGCGAAUUGGGAAAAAUUCAAGAUUUUAUCUUCAGCUCCUCAAGACCAUGCAUAUUAUCAAACAUCCGCGGCUCAGCCAUCACGACAGUUCAUGUCAAGAUUAAAUAGAGAAUAUAGGGUUCUCAUGAAUAGUUUGCCUGAAAACAUAUUGGUCCGUGCCUAUGAGGACCGUGCUGAUUUAGUACGAAGCCUCAUCAUAGGUCCCUCGAACACACCGUAUCAAGACUGUCCAUUCGUAAUCGAUUGGCAUCUUGUCGACUAUCCCAAUACUGCGCCACUGGCUCAUUUCCACAGUUUAACGAACGGUAAUGGCCGGGUUAAUCCGAAUCUAUACGAGGAAGGCAAAGUCUGUCUAUCAAUUCUGAAUACUUGGGCCGGCGACAGAAACGAGAGUUGGGACGCUAGCCGCUCUUCUCUUUUACAAGCGCUUGUGAGUAUCCAAGGACUGGUGCUUGUCCAGGAACCAUGGUUCUGCGAACCUGCUUACGAGAAACUUCGGGGCACGGAAGAAGGGACCGUGAAUAGUCGACUCUAUAGCGAAAAAGCCUAUGUUUUGUCCAGGAACUUUGUCCGUCGAACACUAGAAACUCCUUUCGGUGGAUUAGAAAUGGAGAUUAACUGGCUGUACUAUUCCGGACAUCUACUAGAGAAAGUGCUCCGCGAUUCUCGAGCUCUUAUAAAGGCAAGCCGUCAACAAUUAUCAGAAGGCGAAAUGGAGAAACAAACCGAACAAUAUGUAAUACCUCUCAGUACAGGAGGCAUAAUAGCGCUCGAGAGAGUAUUGACUGCGCUUCAAAAUCUUCUAGAUGUUCAUUCAAAUUCUGCAUUGUAAAGCGUACACCCUCUUAAUUUACAUAGUACCCUUAUGGAUGCAUUGUUAUAUACUUACUUUUCUUCUACCUGAGAACAAGGUUUAUCGCUAUUCUACAACAGACC